CGAAGGUAAAUAUCGCCGCUCGCUUUCUUCAGUAUUCAGAUCUGUAACAUCUGCUGUCCUCAGCCAUGUCCAGACUCGACUAUUUGGCCUCAAAAUACUUAACGGCGGACUCGGGAUCAAAUAGUGCCGCUCCGAAGAAGCGAAAACGGAAAGAGAAAUCAAGCUCGUCGAAGAAAAAGGUGGUCACUCAAGAGGGCUUGAUCCUGCAAGAUGACGACGCUGAGAUGCAAUGGGGAGCUACGAAGCCAGUGGAAGAGGACGAGAUGGCUGAUUUGAUAGAAGGAGGUGAAGAUGCACCUGUUGUGGAAGAGAUCAAUCUGCAGCCUCGAAAAGCCGCUGCUGGCUGGAAAAAAGUAGGAAAUAUAAAGACUGAAAAGACCGAAGAUGAAGAUGCGCCUGUAUCCAUCAAGGAAGAGGAACCGGCAGCAGAUGAACAGCCAUCACGAAAGCGAAUCGGCGGUUUGAAGUCGGCGGCAGAAGUGAAAGCGGAUCUUGACGCUAAGCUUGCUAAGGAGAUAGCAAACAUGGAAGCCUCGGGGACAUCAGGAAAAGGUGCAGAAGCUGUGUACCGUGAUGCGUCUGGUCGGCGGAUUGAUAUUAAGGCCUACAAGGCCAAGAUGGAGAAGCAGCAACUUGAGGAAGAGAGGAAGAAGAAAGAGGCGGAGGAACGCCAGAUCGAGCUUAACAAGGGAUUAGUACAAGAGUUAGAGAAGACGGCUGCGUCACAGCGAGAAAAUGAGGCUUCUAGUGCGCGACUGACGGCCUAUGCGGACGACAAAGAGCUGAACGACGAACUAAAACAACAGGAGCUAUGGCAUGAUCCAGCGGCCAAGUUCUUGUCGAAACAGAAGGAGGAAAAGCGGAGUGCUACAGGCUUGAAGAUCUACAAAGGUCCGUAUCCUCCGAAUCGGUACAAUAUACCACCGGGGUAUCGGUGGGACGGAGUUGAUAGAUCAAACGGGUUCGAGGCGAGAUUGCUUGAGAAGCGGGCAAGGGAGAAGGAGAAGAAGGUCGAGGAGGACGUCUAUGCGUCUGAUGUAAGUGAGGACUAGUAGACAGCAUAAGUGUAAUUUUAUCAUAUUCCUACAGUAUGAUCUCUUGCGCAGACUCUCGAUAUUCUACAAAUUAUCUA